AACGGAUCCGUAUCAAAAACAAAUUAAACUUCAUCAACAAAUCCAAGCCCCCACAUCUGAAAAGGCCAUCACUAAAUUUUGUUGUUUUUUGACCCCUGUUCUUGUCCAUCACCAAAUCCCUACCCCAUCAUCUUCUUCAUCUUCUUCAUCUUCUCCGUCUAGAUUUGACACAUAUUAUUCCUUCAGACAUUGCUAGAAAUUGGCAAAUCUGGGCAAAAUAAAUUAGGGCUCAUCAAAUUCUGAAGAUUUCACAAUGUCUUUUGAUGGGAUUUUAUGACCAUCUUCCAUGGCUAAAACUCUCUCUCUCCCCAUUACUGCUCUUCACCUUCUCCUCAUCUUCCUCCAUUCCCUCUUAUAAUAAUUAAUUUAUUAGUUAUCAAAAUCUCCCAAUUUCUAGGAAGAAACCCUACUCAAAUUCCCUCCAAAUUGUUACCAAAUUAUCGAUUUUGCUAUCUGGGUUUUUCUCAGAACCCCAAAUCAGUCAUACCCAUCUCCUCACUUAAAAUUUUGGGCAAAAGAUGGCAUCUGUAUUGGUUUAUCAUGUGGUGGGUGAUCUGACGGUGGCGAAGCCGGAGGUGGUGGAGUUUAUGGACACGGAGACGGUGGAGGCGGCGAUUAAAGCGAUGGGAGAGUCAACUGAGGGAGGAAUUCCGGUUUGGAGAAGGAAACCUCAAAUUGGUGUGAUUGAAAACAGUGAGAUGAGGUUGCAAAGGUUUGUGGGUAUUCUUAACCCACUGGAUAUUGUGGCUUUUCUGGCAAAUGAUUGGUGUUUGCAGGAUCAAGAGAAAGCUAUGAAAACCCCAGUUUCCGAGGUUGUUGUUCCUGAUAAUUCCCUACUUAAGGAAGUGGAUCCUGCUACAAGAUUGAUAGAUGCAUUAGAAAUGAUGAAACAAGGUGUUAAGCGUCUUCUCGUUCCAAAGAGCGUGGUAUGGAAAGGUGUAAGCAAAAAGUUCUCAAUUCUCUACAACGGAAAAUGGCUAAAGAACGUAGAAACCGGAAACACCAAUAACACCCUUGCAAAUCUCAACCGCCCUUCCUCAUCCACCACCAAUAUCAGCAGAACAAAGUACUGUUGUCUCUCUAGAGAAGACGUGGUCCGUUUCCUCAUUGGUUGCCUGGGAGCGCUCGCUCCCAUCCCUCUCUCUUCCAUCUCCUCGCUCGGGGCGAUCAACCCCCGUUAUUUCUCCAUCGAAGCCUCCCUCCCCGCCGUUGAAGCCACCACGAAGCUGCCUCACGACCCGACCGCCGUUGCAGUUGUGGACCCCACUCCCGACGGUCAGCAUAAAAUCAUAGGAGAAAUAUCAGCUUGUAAACUCUGGAAAUGUGAUUACUUAGCCGCAGCAUACGCUUUAGCCAAUCUCUCGGCGGGCCAGUUUGUUAUGGGGGUCGAGGAUAACAUGUCACCGAGGUCCGUCCCCGAUAUCGGUGGGGGGAAUUCCGUUAACCCGAACAGCGGAAUUAACGGGAGUGGUGGGUCCGCAAUGAGGCUUAGGAGGUUUAGCAGUAGAAGCAUUGGAUUCUUCGGAAACUCUGUUAGUAGCCCGAAUUCCGGGUCUGCUAGAAGUAUGUAUCGAGGAAGAAGUGCACCAUUGACGUGCAGAAAUACCAGCUCGUUGGCUGCGGUUAUGGCUCAGAUGCUUUCUCACCGGGCUACCCAUGUUUGGGUAACCGAGGGUGAAGAUGAUAUUUUAGUUGGUGUUGUUGGUUAUGGGGAGAUCAUGCAUGCUGUGACUAAUAGACUACCACUGUCAACAACUGUUUCUUCAAAUCAGUAAGUUUUCAGAAUCUGAAUCAUCCUAGCAGCUCCCGACCCGGCCCGACCCGGCCCGACCCAGUCCAUUAACAUUGAUAAUGAAGCCCGGCCGGACUGUUUUUCCUGGUAUGUUUACUUGUUUCGCUGUAUAUCAUCUCAGACUGUAUACCUUGGGAGUCUUAUGCUGUAUAAAAUGAUUAGCAGUUUCGAGAACGUGUUCAUUCACAUCGUUCUCUCGUAGUUGAAUGUUUAAUUUUGCCAGUAGGCAGAUGAGAUUUGGGUUAUUUAUUUUUUGAAGUACAUUAAAUCGAAUAAGAAUUGGGGAGUUAUCUCCCAUGAUUUGUUUAGCA